GGACCGUCUGAGUUUAUGCCACCAGAAAAAGGCUUGAAAAGUUUUUUAAGAGAGUACAUGAUGCGUGAAGAUAUUUUAGAUCAGCAGGCAUCACUUCAACGAGCAAGACUUGAAGCUUCUCUUGCUGAUGGCAUCUCUUGGGGUAUGGGAGAGGAUGCCAUUAUAGAAGAAGCUGAGAAGAUGAUUCUACUUACAUGUGGUUUUGGACUUAAGGAUGAUGGUGAGGAAGUAACUUGGCAAACAUACAAAGGACAGCUUUCGGAAAAGCAGAUAAAAACCCGUGAUAAAAUAACUAAAAGAAUGGAAAAGAUUGCUCAUAUGAAGAAAGAGAUAGAUGCUAUUCGUGCUAAAGACGUCUCUCAAGGUGGAUUGACUCAAGGGCAACAAACUCAGAUCGCGCGAAAUGGACAAAGAACAGAACAGAUUCUGGUAGAGCUUGAAAAUUUGGAAGAGACGCUGAAUGAGAGUAUUCGAGAAAGUUUAGGUGCACGUGUUGGGAAGCUAUCUCAUGGUAAGAAGAAAGGAGCAAUUGAAGAAGAAGAAGAACUUUUGAGAUGAAUGACAUUCUUCCAAGCUUGGAAGAACAGGGAGUGCGUCAACUGUACCCAAAAGGCCCAAAUAUUGAUUUUAAGAAGGAACUAAGGUCCCUUAACAGAGAAUUGCAGCAGCACAUUUUGGAACUUUGCUGAUAUUCUUGUGGAGAGACCAUCAUAAUAUGCAAGUAGAGUGGAAGAAAUAUCUCUUAUAUUCAAGAACUUGCAUCAUCUUCUGAACUCAUUGCGGCCCCAUCAGGCUAGGGGAACACUUGUUCACAUUCUAGAACUUCAGAUAAAACGACGUAAACAAGCUGUGGAGGAUGUAAAGAGGUAUGCUUUCAACAAUUAUUGACGAGGUUAAUGCUCAUUCGACGCUGAAAUAUUCUACUUGAUUUUUAAAACAAUUAAAAGAUAAUUGUUUUGCCAGUUCGAACUUUAAAUGAAGGGUAUAGCUUCUGUGACCUUUUUGGUAGAGUAAGAUAGUAAGAUUGCCUAAAGUUUUGCAAAGAUAUGUUUAAUCAUUAUCUGGUCUUAGUGGUGUUUGAUUACCAUAAAAACGAAAACUGGAACCUGCCUAUUUGUUUCUUGUUUGCUCUAAGGUUCAGUUGUAGCUGGUGGUGUGAUAAACCCUUUUGCAAAGACUUUCUUUUGUUCCCCACAGUCUGUUUUCAACCUGUUUUACUUCAGAACUUUGCUUAUUGAUCUCAAGGUGUCAUUUGAGUUGGUGCCAACAGGUUGCAUGUUUCUUUGACAAACUUUUUUCUUGAAAGUUUUC